AUGGAGAAUGGGGUGUACUGGAAGCUGAAGGGCGAGUGUCUGCCGCUGGACGUGAGCAAGCACCUGGAGGAGAACGAUCUGGACGGGCUGCUGAACUACGAAGGGCUGCUCCAGGAGAUAAAGGCGGAGAAUUAUGAGCUAAUAAAUUUUUUAUCUAAAGAGGAAAACCUGAAAAAAAUAAUAAAAUACAUUACAGAGGAAUCGGAAGACAAAAGUAGCUACGACAAGUCGUACAAAUUUCCUUACAAGUGUCAUCAAAUAAUAAAUGCAGAAAAUAAAUUGAUCACAGAUUCGCUAGUCUACAACGACAAGUUAAUGAAGCUCUUCUGGAGUUUCGUCCUGAAGAAAAAUCAACUGAAUGAAGUUUUAUCAGGUUACUUUAGCAGAUGUGCGAUAACCAUUUAUAAUAAAAAUACAACAGAGGUGGUAAAUUUUUUGAAGAGGAAAAAAGAACUCUAUUUAAAAGGCUUCCUUUAUCAUUUUUACUCGAGAAAUAUAACCGAGCUGUUCAAGGUGUUGCUGUUUGUUAAAAUGCCUUACCUUUGUAUAUUUGACAAUAAGGAUAUAAUUUAUUUCAUUUUAAGCAAUUUGAAUGGAAAUUUUUCAAAAGAAACUUUUAUAAUUUGUGAUCGGGAGGAUAAUAUUACGUGUCUCAUUAGAGAUAUCUUUGUUCGAAAAUCAGAAAUUUAUUAUUUUAAUUAUUUUUUAAUUGAUUUAUCUUCACAGUUAUCCUUUUCUUAUUUAAUUAAAUGCGUUUUUUCAGAUUGUCCAUAUACCAUUUCUGCUGCCAUCACCAUAAUAUCAGAUCUGCUGCAUUAUAGUGUGUUGGGGAAAUCUUAUAACACCAUCGACUUUUAUGAAUGCCUUGAUUUGUACACAAAGGAACAGGACCAGAAGAACAAGCAACUUAAACAGAUGGAGGAGGAGUGUAAGUAUACUACUAGGAAGAAGAAGAAGAAGAAAAAAAAAAGGAAAUCAAAUAAGGUCAUAGAUGAAGAGGCCGUUUAUAACACUUCCAAGGCUCAUGCUAGUUGUGUUAACCAGGUGCGAGAGUCGGACGAGAUACUCAUGGGUGGUACUUCUUCCAACGUGUUCGAUCAGUAUGGGCUUGGUGCAACAUCCUCUGUGGGCAUGCCGGCAGGAUUUGCAACCCCACCUAGAAAUUAUUCACACGAAGAGACUCCUCCUGAUGUAGAUAAUAUCACCGAGGAGGAAAAGAGAGAAAUUGAAAAGAGCGAAUUGGAAAGGGAGAAGGAAGGUAAGGUAUCAGGCAGGGGGGUAGUAGGGAAGGUUGUCACAAAUGUUAGUGCUAACUCAGGUGCAACAGAAUUAUCUUCAAACUUUUACGAGGUAAACCAGCCAAACCAUGUGAACAAAAAGAUCAAGGAGGAAAUGCAGACAAUUGGAAUAACCCCACAGGGAGAAACAGAUGGAGAGAAAAAGUAUAACACUCUUCAUGGUAUGACGGAGGAGCUAAGCAAAGGAGAGUUCGAACCAGAGGGAGACACUCCGUUCAGUGUGCAAUAUGAAUUACACUCAGAGGAACAACAGCACCCCCCACAUGGCGAGGAUCCCACUGGAGGGGGAGUUUUCCACAGUGGAAACCUUCAAACGGGGGAGACACACAAUCUGGUCGGUGACGGGGUAGAUAUCUCGAAUGGGAGUGGUAGCAUUCUUUCAUGGGACCCAUUACGAGGCAGUGAGAAUAAUGGUGAACAGGCGCAAAAUGGUGAAGAUGCUCAAAACGCCGAAUCGCUCCUCGCGCAGAAGCACGCAGUUUCGUACUACUACUCAUGUGGGGACGGUAGCCAGGAGGGAAGGGAAAACCCCGACUUUCUAAUUGGAGGACAUCAGAGGAACGACCUCGCCCAACUGCCCAACAUGCACACGUAUGGUAGUGGCACCCAGGGAGAGGAUAAUAACAAGAGUAACGGAAUAAUAAAAUACGUGAAGGAUGCAAAGAAUGAAAGAAACAGUGACAAUGAUAAUUGUUUCUCGUAUGGGUCAGAUGCAUCCUCAUAUGAUUCCUCAGAUGAUGAAAAUUAUGACCAUCUGAAAAAAAUAAAAUUUGAAGAUGUUCUAAAUAGAAUGAAAAGAAUAGCUAGCAACCGGGUACACGUGAAGGAGGAUGGAGAUGGAGGAGAUAUUAUUAGCAUUGGAAAAAAUUCACUCCUCCAUCGUACACAAAGUAAUGAAAAAAAAAAAAUAAAAGAGGAUAUAUUUGGAAUAGAAUCAAACAACUGUAGAGAUAAAGUUGCUAAUGGAAGUUCGAAUGAAGAACAAAAUUUUCAAAUCUUUGAAUGCGAAAAGGAAGGAGAUAUAAAUAUCCCUUUAAACAAAUGGGUACAGUACCUCGAAAAUGGCACCUUCGUAGAUGUGUGCUUCUUUUGUUAUAUAAAAGACAUUAUAAAAUUAUAUAUAAAAAAUAUAAAUAAAAAUAAAAGUAAAAAUAUGUUAGGAUUUACUACCUUGGAGAUUAUUCAAUUAAUAAAGACACUUAUAAAAACCAAGUCCAAAAAUAUAUUAACAGAAAUAAUUGAUGAAGGCUUCUUCGAUAUUUCCAUUGAUAUAUUUUUUAAGUACAAGUGGAAUAAUUUGUUACACAUUUCUGUGUGUGACUUAAUGCAGACCAUUAUUUUUAAAGAAAAUGAAUAUUCUUAUCUUUUAUAUUACAUUUUAGCCUUGACCACGUUUUUACCCAAAUGCUUACGUUACUUUGACGCUGUUAGACGGUGCAGAAAUAUUAAAAAUAAAAAAAGAAAAAAAAAAAUUGAAAGUUUAAUAGAUUGUGGGUAUAAGGCACAUUUACUUCACAUUUGCCAAAUUCUGAGUAACAAGUCUUUGGAGAUAAAAUGGCUUUCGAACUUCCUUGUAACCGUUUCAGGGUGGAAUGACAUUAUAAUUGAGGAACUAAACCACUACUCCUUAUAUUUUAACGAUGUUAAUUAUGGGGAUGAGAAGCGGGCAGAGGAGGCUGACCACGCAGAGAUCAUCUCGAAUGGUCUGUGCAACCAGGCGGAUAACUCCAUGACGCAUCACCACAUGAACAACGUCGGGGGGACUACAGCAGACAAUCGGGAACAAAAUCUCAUCAAUGGUGACGCAAGUGGAAACUCUGACCGGUGCAUGAAUCGAAAUUACCACUACGAGGAUGAAGAGGAGGACGAUGAGGACCACCAGCGGGGCAACUGUAACCGUGACCAUGGGGGCAAUGGCACAACUGUGCAGAGUGACCAGCACGAACCCGCCAGAUCGAGCGACCAAGACGGAAAUGAAAAUUGCUUUAACAAUUACUCCAAUGUCAUUGAUAUCCUUUUCGAUGAGCAUAAAAAUGAGUACAUAAAAUACGAAGACGAAUAUCACGAUAGUAGCGCCAACUAUGAGUUACCUCCUAAUUGUAACUAUGGAAACCACGAUUCUCAUGCGGAGGAUAUGAACAGGUUGGAUGAAGGCUAUGGCAAGCAGGGUGAGUACGGCCUGGGGAGCUACAAGGGUGGUUAUGAGGCGCAGGAGGGGCACCACAAAGAUGGGCAUCCCGAAGGCGAUCCUUUCGCCAACCCCUCCAACAGCUACCUGUUCGAUCGAGGGGAUGGAAACCCAAACCUCGGCGACGAUCAUCCCGACUUGAACAGCGGCUCGGAUCCCUUCAGCCAAAAUUGA